AUGUUACAAACCAAAUUUCCAUCCAGUAUUAAGAAAUUGGGAUUAUUUGCGCUUAGAAGAAGUCAUAUUAGAUAUUAUACAAUAGGAAAAACCGAACAUGACAUCACAUCGUUGGACGAUUUAGUUAAACUGGAAUCGUUAGAUAAUGUAGACCCAACCUUAGUUCAGAAGCUUAUAAAUGAAAAGACAACAGAGUUAAAUCUGAAAAAUGAGAUUAGAAGAUUAAAAACCAUUCAGGAACAAAGAGAAAAUUCAGUCACAUCUAAUAGGCCAGUUCGACUCGGGGACUUCAAGAGAGCAGGUAUCAUGUUUAUGUUAAUGUGCUCUUCUGUGUAUUUAUGCUGGCAGUUAUUAUGGUGGAACCUUGCUUAUAACUCGAAGGAAGUAGAAAUGUUAGAUACAGUGACGUCACUUGAGAAUGAGUUACAUGAACGUAUCGAGAUAAAUAAAAUUGCUGAAAAUGAAUUGACUCAGGAGAGUCCAUCCCGACCUGUGCAAAAAAAGUCAUGGGUUUCCAGAUGGUGGAAAUGA